UCCCCGACCCCCAGGAUGAUAGAUGUCCUUCCACAUAACAGACUUUGCUCCCUCCUCUCCCAGCAGCGUCUGCCUCUCCUGGCCUCCGGGGGACUCCUGAGAAGGCCCCACGUGGCUGCCCAGCGCCAUGCAUACAGCACUACGGAUGACAGCUCUGUCAGACCUAUUGGGCGAUACCCAGUGCCAAAUAAGAAGGACAUGCCGUAUGAUAUCGUGGAGCUCAUGGAGGAAGUGGAAGUGAAGACUGGAUUUCUGCCCAACGUGUUCAAAGCCAUGUCUCACCGACCUGCUGAAUUCAGAGCAUUUUUUGCUUAUUACAAUGCCAUCAUGAACAAAGAGACAGGGCGACUCAGCAAAGCGGACAAGGAGCUCAUUAUUGUGGCCACAAGUGCUGUGAACAGAUGUCCCUACUGCGUGGUUGCACACGGGGCACUUCAUCGGAUAUAUUCCAAGCAGCCGACACUGGCUGACCAGGUCGUUGUCAACUGGAAGCUGGCGGACCUGAGCGGCCGGGACCUGGCGAUGUUGGAGUUCGCUCUUGCAGUCUGUCGUGCAGAUAACAUCACGGAGGAGCACUUCCAGAAGCUGGAAGCGCACGGAUUUGACCGUGAAGAUGCAUGGGACAUCGCCACCAUCGCCGCCUUUUUUGCCAUGUCCAAUCGCAUCGCCCAUUUUGUCGAUUUGCGCCCCAACAAGGAGUUCUACAACAUGGGCCGGACGCCCUACGAGGCGGGCAAGGACUGCGCCUGAGGUUGCAUUGUGGCAGCAGUUCCCGCGCGUUGUUCUGAACGUGUAUAAAACCGAUGAAUCCCGA